CCUCUCGAGAGCUCUAAUGUGAUGUAGAAUAGGAGGAGGACGAUCAAAAAAAGAUGGAACAAAUUUGUCACGAAUUGCAGAUCCCAAAGAGAUUCAUACGAGAGCUGGACGACAAUCGUUUCUCGGUACGGGCUCACAAAUCGUGGAUCAAACAUCUGGCGCAGAAUGGAAAAGUGGGAAGUUUCACUGAUAACACGACGAAUUUGCAACAAAUUAUUAUCACUGUCUACAAGAAACAUUCUCACAAAGUGAAUCCGUUGCCGCGCGUAAAAGGAGGUCACGAUGACGAGCCGGCGUCGCAAAUCCGUGCUGACCAACUGCCGAUCACAUAUUCGCAGCUCAUCAGCUACGUAUCGCAAAACAAUCACAAAAGUUUGUGGAAACUUGCAUAUCAGAAAUUCUCAGCGUCGCGUCAGUGCAACGGCAGCAGCGCGACAACAAGUAACGAUGCUCAAUCUACUUCUUCAGCAACUACUUCUUCGCGAAACAAGGAAAAUUCCCUCUUUCCGUACGACAUGGUGCUGCGCGAAGCCAUUCAACGGAUGUACAAAUGUCAAAUAAUUCAGUUUCGCAACUGGAAAUCGGACGAUUCGACAGUUAUGGAUGAGAAUUUGGCGGAUUGCCAUCCGAAUUUGAGUCCCGUCGUGUGUGCAAUCGAGACAAAUUCGUGUAUUUUUGUCAUUCACGACCUGCAAAUCGAACACACGCUACUGGAUUGCGUAACUUACAGUCCCGCCAUUCUCGAUGACUACAACAAACCACUUUUUAUCAUCUACCAACUGCUGACACUGAUCAAAAAUCUACACGAAAACGGACUUUUGCUCGGAAACAUCACGCUGAGCGACAUUUUUCUCACGGAAAACUUGUGGCUGCAAAUUUUCCCGCAAGUCGAGGCGAAUUUGGUGGAGCAUCAGGACGACAUUUCGAGUUCGCACGAAUAUAUCAGCUACAAAGCGGGUCUCGUCGACGAACCGCAACUCUCCUACAGUUUGAAGGAAUAUUGCGAAAUGUGGGUUUUCGGGCACCUGAGUAACUUUGACUACUUGACGAUUCUGAAUAACUUUGCGGGACGUCGUUUAGAUUCGGCGGGCUAUCAUCACAUCUUUCCCUGGGUCACGGAUUUCAGUUUGCGCAACGGACAAAAUUGGCGCGAUUUGACCAAGUCCAAAUAUCGCCUGAACAAGGGCGAAGCUCAACUCGAUAUUACAUUCCAGGCGUCGUUGACGAAUACGCCGCAUCACGUUUCCGAUGUGUUGUCGGAGAUCACUUUUUACGUUUAUAUGGCGCGUCGCACCCCCAAAGAGACGUUGUGCAAACACGUGAGACCCGUUUGGGUGCCUGGCGAGUAUCCGGCAAGCAUUCAGCGGUUGCAGGAAUGGACACCGGACGAAUGUAUUCCGGAAUUUUUCACAGAUCCGCAAGUUUUUAAGAGUAUUCACGAGGAUUUGCCGGAUCUGAGUUUGCCAACGUGGAGUUCUUGUCCCGAAGAUUUUGUGAAUAAGCAUCGGGAAGCGCUCGAGAGCCAAUAUGUGUCGGAAAAAUUGCAUCAUUGGAUUGAUUUGACAUUUGGGUACAAAUUGAGUGGCUCUGCUGCAGUAAAGGCGAAAAACGUUUGUCUCCCGCUCGUCGAUCGUCACAAGAAUCUCUGCAAACGCGGAAUCGUUCAACUUUUCUUCAGUCACCAUCCCGCCAAGCAAUUCCCGAACGUUUGGACCCAAAAGGUGCCGCCUCGCAUCCGAUCUCACAGCGAAACGCGUCAACGUCGCAUGACCCGCAGCUCCGAAGAUCUCACCCGUAACUCGCCAACCAUCUCCGAUGCGCAAAACGACAGUCCGAUGCGAGCGCGUCGCACUACCGUUUAUCACGGUGACGCCAUCGAACGAUCGCCCAGCUGUUAUCACGUCGCUUCGUCGGGCGGCGUUGCAAACAACAAUCGCGACACAAUUAUCCUACCAAAGAACUACAAUCCGCUGUCGCAACUGACGGUCCUCGAAAAUUUGCAUUCCUUCAAGGGAAAAACAUUCCACGAAACGAGCACAAUUGCCGAAAAUGACGCGAUUUUCGAACGGAAAGAACCUGCGAAGCAAUUUAAUGUGCCGCAUGUGAACACGACGAAAUACGAUGACGACGGGGGAUUCACGAAUCGCAUGUUUACGGAGGCAUUUGAGGCAAAAGACGGCAAAUUGCUAAUGAAUCUCAAGCAGAAACGCAUGCAAAAACAGUCGAAGAAGAAUUUGAAGCAAAUUACGGCGGAAAAUCGUCAAAAAGACCUUCAAUUGUUGGGAGUUCUUGUCUUGGAGAUUUUUUUGCCGGGCAAGAUGCGAGCGCACGGAAGUUGCACAAAAAUGUCGCUUAGCCAGAGAAUUGCAGUGUGCGAAAAUAUCUUGCGGAACGAAAAACGAUCGAUUCCGGAAUGCGUUUUGUAUGCGUUGCAGUUACUUUUCUCGCUGGGAGACAUCGAAGUGACGGAUAAAGGACUCCCGAAACCGAAUGCCGAGCAAUUUUUGGAACCGAUUUUGAGUAAUUCGCUCUUUCCGUUCCCCAUUCACUACUUUAAGGUCUACGCCAUCAUGAAAAUGUUGUACAACUUCAACAGCGUGGGUCGCAUGUUGGACCUUUAUGCCUUUUUCGAGUGCGACGGCAAGCAAUGUGCCAAAUUUGAGACGUUGGACAAGACGCGGAUCGCUUUCAAUCGCAAACUGGCAGAAUGCAAGGUGAAAUCUAGCGUCGGAUUGAUCGAAUCGCUGCUUCAACCGAGUGGUCAUGAGCAAUUUAAUGCCGUUCAACUCUUGUUGCCGCACGUAAUCGACUUAAUUGUCGACGACGAGACCUCAAUUCUUGCUGCGUGGUUCUUAUUUGACAUCGUUGCCACCGCAUUGGGACCCGAAGACUCGCAAAAGUACUUGCUACAGCCAAUUUUGUCCCUUUACGAGGCCGAAACCGAAGAACGGGCUAUGAAAUAUUCCAACAUCUUCAAGAGUCGCAAAGCUGUCAAAUUAUUCCAUCACAGUUUCCUGCUGAAACUCAUUGUGCGAUUCGGUCUCAAAACAUUCCUGGAGAACUUCGUGCCGCCACUCAUUGAAGCUGUUGGCGGAUGUCGCGACAUUCCCGUGAACACGCCUUAUUGCAUGCACAGCAUUCGAAAUUCGGAAAUUCGUCAAUCGCGAUCCGUGACGAAAAAUUUGCGAUUUUCCGAAAAUGCAGCGGAUGCUUCGGAAGUAACGCUCAUCUCACCGACGACAGAUGAAAAAACCCUUUCAGCAAUUUCGCCGACAGAUUUUCCCGAGCAGAACGAGGAAGUGUUCCAGUUUGAGGCGGAAAUGGGCGACGGUGAGGGCGAGGAUGGCGAAAAAGAUCAAGCAAUCCAGAAAAUACUCGACCAACUUGAUAUUAAAUCGGAAUCCGGUUCGUUUGAUUUGAAAUUGAAUUAUUCGACGGCAUUCGAGGUGACGGAAGACGAGCCCUACAAUCCGGAUGCCUUGAGUUACGACAGUUAUGACAUGGAGGAGUCUGCGGGAGGAUCGACGGAAGUGCAAUCUCCGACGAUCACGAUUCCGAGUCGCAGAAUAAAGAUAAAUGAGCUGAGUUGUGCGAUUGGAAGUAAGAAAAGUAUCGAUUCGAUUGACAUUUUUUCGGAAAAUUUGACGAACAAGGCGGAGAAGGGAGAGGCAAAUAGUGUUGCGACGACGAUGACUGUCGAUAAUGAUGGAAAUACUGGAACAACCACAAUGACCUCUUCUGUAUACACAGUAAAAUCCACAGUUGAUUCCCGCACCUCUCGUUCAAUGCGAAUCGCCGACAUGAGCUCCGAAUCGCUUCUCUGGCUGUCGCACCGUUUGGGUCCCGUGCUGUCAGCCCGUUAUUUGACGCGAAAUCUCCUGAAAAUGCUGACCCUCUGCUAUGUCGGGCACGAAAAUCUGCUACCCGAGGAAACUUCGAACCCUCCGUCGCCAACGGACGACCAAACUAUCACGACUUUCAGUAUUUCCGAUGCGCGCAUCAUGGGCGACAAAGCAGCCACAAACGUCUUGGACUGCCUCACAUCGAUUGCAGCCCUUUUCGGCGAGCAAUUUAUCAUUUUGCAAUAUUUUCCCCACUUGAGUGAGCUAAUUGCCUUAUGUCGGAAACGAAUUACGCCGAGUCUCGAGGGCGGACUCAUCAGCGCGCUGCAAAUGUUGAAGCAUUUCUUGCCGUGCCUCAGCGACACGCAACUCAUGGACCAAAUUCAGGACACAAUUUUGCAAAAUAUCAUCUUGCCGAUUAUCCGGAUUGUCGGAAGUAGUCGCACGACGAUGCCAAGCGGAUUUUUGGCGCGAAGUGUGUUGGCGCGAAAGUUGUUGGAUGUCAUGUAUGCGAUUGCGGUACGAAUCGGGCCGGAAAUGACGAAUAAGCAGUUGUGUGUGCCGGCGUUACAGCGAUUUUUCAUAAUUUUCGACAAGGCGUAUGGCGUCAUGGAUGGCUCGAAGGACAGUGUAGCUUCAGAUUCGAAUUGGAUCAGUCAGGAUGACAUCCCGUCAUAUCCCUCCAAUGCGAAUCCCGAUGAAAAUAACAUCCUCGAGAUACGGAGAGACGGAAAAAUCAAGGAAUGGUGUGUCAAAGGCAGGGAAAUUCAUACCGCGAACCGUUUAGAUGACUCACUGAACAAUAUCACGCCGCCCGUGGAUGCCACAGCAACGCAACUCGACGUCACCGAGGUCCGUGAAAAGGCUCUUGACGAAAUUCGGGACGUUUUUACGCCAAAUCUCGCGUAUUGCGCCUACAUGCCGUUCCUCAAGUACCUGGGCGAGUUCAUCAUGGGCAAAACUGUGCUAAAUCACCAACUUAUCAUGAGUUUGUGUCUCGAACACGAACAACCAGACUACUCCAUCAUGAAAAAUGACAAGAAAAAAUUCGAGUCGACGGCAAUUAAUCAAAGUACCUUCAGCGUGGACCAAGUUGAUGCGCACGAACAACAGCUAGGCAACAGUUUUGGCUCGAAUGUCGCGAUUAUCGGGAAUCGCAUCGAUGUGCAGUUUGGGGGGCAAGGUCCGGAUCGCACGGAAAUGGGAAUUGGCGAUGUCAUCAACAUGGUGGCCUACAAAUUUGACAACUUGAAUACGUCGCGACAUCUGAAAGGGAAUUGGUUGGCUUAUUGGGAGCACGAGAUUGGUCGCUCAGAUAAGGAUUCGCGGUUCAAUUUGAAGCAGAUUAAGUUGCAAACGUACCAGGGACACGUCAAUAGUGUGCGAGCGAUCGUUUGUUUGGACAACGAGAACAGCUUCAUGUCCGCUUCGAAGGAUAAAACGGUGAAAUUGUGGUCGUUACGCAGCGAAGGUGACGGCAGCAAAGUCUCCAAUUGUCAAUUUACCUACACGAAUCACAAGAAAUCCGUUCAUUCCUUGACUUUUUUGGAAUCUUUGAGAUUAACUGUGAGUUGCGAUUCCGGCGUUCACAUCUGGGACCCUUUCGUAGGCACAUCCGUGGGAUAUUUCGAUGCGCCACGCUACAGUCCCGUUACUGUCGUUCGAACUUUCCCGUCGCCAAGCAGUCUCGUAAUCGCAGGCACGUCAGAAUCCACGCUGAAGAUGAUCGACGCACGUACCUUUAGUUACGUCAACGAAUGGAAGUUGACACCGAUGAUGAACGGCUCCGUCAGAAGUAUCGCAGUUGCUCCGUCGGGAAAUUGGAUCGCUGCUGGCUUAAGUUCGGGACAAAUUGUGCUGCUAGAUGGUCGAACAGGUUACGUGAUAAGCAGCUGGCGGUCGAGUGAUAGUGAAUUGUUGAAUUUAGUGGCAGCGAAUGAGCAGCAAAUUGUCAGCUCGAAUCUGGAUCACAAUAUUUGCGUGUGGAAUACGAAAGAUGGCAGCUUGAUGAAUCAUUUGAGAAGUCCGCCCGAGCCUGCCCACUGCCUCGUAACAAAAGGCACGGAAUUGAUGAUUGGAACAAUUAGUCGCAUCGGGAACUAUUCCUCCAUUAACGCCGACAGCACGUACGCCUUCACGAAACUCCGAUCAGAAGUUUUUCGCGGCGUGCUCACAAGUUUGUCCAUUUUGCCAUUGAAUGGCAUGGUCCUCACCGGAAGCGACAACGGAAAUAUUACAUUAUUGUGUUAGAAAUUUAUUGAUUUCUUGUGAUUUACGUGAAUUUAUUUUUUUUGAGUUAUAAAAAUUAUAUUACUUAGUGAAAUAAAGACAAAAAUAUAU